AUGGGUUCUAGCACUGCGACUCUGAGGAGGCUCGAAAAGUCUUUCCUUCCGUUUCUGUUUCUGUCACUGCUGCUGGCGUUCGGCAUGAUGGAGUGUGCACCAGCAGAGGCAGCACGGGUGUUGAAGGCGAAUUUAGUCAACCCGAAUGGACCAACUUCCGCACACAAUGCGCUGCAAUCCUCAGCAUCUAGCCAGUUCUUCCCUGUCCCAGCAGCUGAACAUCCGCCUCCUGUCCAAACAGCCGUGGGAUCUGAGCCGUCAGAUGGCUCCGCUGCUGUGACAUCUGAGCCGUCCAUCGACCCCCUGGUCGUUGUGUCUGCUGUGAAUGGUGGUGAUGAGGAGGCAGGCAAUGAGCCGGAUGGAGCUGUUUCUAGCGCUGCUGCUACCGCUCCUGUUCCAAACUCCUGGUUGAGGCCAGCACAGAUGCCCAACGAUCCUCAGCCUAACGAUCAUGGUCCCUUCCUCCUGGAGACCGAUCCCAUGCCAGCUGUGGGAUCAGAGGAGGAGGCUCCAGUGGGGAAUGAGGAUGUGCUAGUGCCGGAGAUCUACGUUGCUCUGCCAGAAGAAGCAGCGCCUGCGGAGGCUCCAGCAGGGUCGCAGGGUGUUGCACCCACGCCUGAUGGUGCUGACUCCAGUGGUUCUGGUCCUGUUCCAACCGCCUGGUUGAGGCAGGCAAAGGUUGAAGGUGACCAUCAGGUGGCGAAUGACGAUCUGGUGCCGAAUAACCAUGGUCCCUACCUUCUUGGGACUGAUGCUGCCAUUCCAGCUGUGGGUUCACAGGAGGAGGCUCCAGCAGGCAAUGAGGAUGUGCUUGUGCCAGAGAUUUACGUUGCUCUGCCAGAAGAAGCAGCACCUGGGGAGGCACCAGCAGCAGGAUCCCAGGGUGUUGCACCCAUGCCUGAUGGUGCUGAUUCUGGUGGUUCUGGUCCUGUUCCAAGUGCCUGGUUGAGGCAGGCAAAGGUUAAAGGUGACAAUCAGGUGGAGAAUGACGAUCAGGUGCCGAAUGACCAUGGUCCCUACCUUCUGGGGACUGAUGCUGCCAUUCCAGCUGUGGGUUCAGAGGAGGCUCCAGCAGGCAAUGAGAAUGAACCGGUGCCAGCCGUUCUUGUCCCUCAGCCGGAGGAAGCAGCACCUGGGGAGGCGCCAGCAGGCAAUGAGGAUGUGCUUGUGCCAGAGAUUUACGUUGCUCUGCCAGAGGAAGCAGCACCUGGGGAGGCUUCAGCAGCAGGAUCCCAGGGUGUUGCACCCAUGCCUGAUGGUGCUGAAUCCAGUGGUUCUGGUGGUCCUGUUCCAAGUGCCUGGUUGAGGCAGGCAAAGGUUAAAGGUGACCAUCAGGUGGCGAAUGACGAUCAGGUGCCGAAUGACCAUGGUCCCUACUUUCUGGGGACUGAUGCUGCCAUUCCACCUGGGGAGGCUCCAACAGGCAAUGAGGAUGUGCUUGUGCCAGAGAUUUAUGUUGCUCUGCCAGAAGAAGCAGCUCCUGCGGAGGCUGCAGUAGCAGGAUCCCAGGCACCCGGCGGACCACAUUCCGCCAAUCGGGCCACCGGGGGAGCAGCCGCUCCGCCGCCCGCGCAUGGGCCCCCCAUGAGCGCAGGCGGCGGAGAUCAUCCGCACGGCGCCGGCGGGGGGAUGUCCGUGGGCGGCGCAGCGGAAGCGGGGGCGCUUGCGCAGGCGGGAGCGGGUUCGACGGCGGGAGUCGCGGAGCUCUCUAAAGCCGCGGCGCGACGGGUGGUGGACCUGCGGUCCGACACGGUGACCAAACCCACCGGCGCGAUGCGGGAAGCGAUGAAGAACGCUGAGGUGGACGAUGACGUCAUCGGGAUAGAUCCGACGGUGGACAGGCUGCAGAGGCAGGUGGCGCAGAUGAUGGGGAAGGAGGCGGGGCUGUUCGUGCCGUCGGGCACCAUGGGGAACCUCAUCUGCGUGCUCGUGCACUGCGAGGUGCGGGGCAGUGAGGUUAUCUUGGGUGCAGACUCCCACAUCAGUGUAUACGAGCAAGGUGGUGUGGCCACACUGGGGGGCGUGCAUCCACGCACGGUGAUGAACAAGGCAGACGGCACCAUGGACCUCAAGAAGGUGGAGCUGGCAAUCAGAAAAGACGACGAGCAUUACCCGGUUACCAGACUCAUCUGCCUCGAAAACACCCACAACAGGUGCGGUGGACGGGCCAUAACAGUGGACUAUACAGAGCGGCUGGCGGAGCUGGCAUCGUGGUACGGACUCAAGUUUCAUAUUGACGGAGCGAGAAUAUUCAACGCCGCUCUUGCUCUCAGGGUACCAGUGGACCGCCUGGUUCGCCCCGCACACAGUGUUUCUGUGUGUCUGUCGAAAGGACUGGGCGCGCCAGCAGGCAGUGUGAUUGUGGGAUCUGUGGAGUUCAUAGCCAAGGCCCGUCGCUUACGGAAAGCACUGGGCGGAAGCAUGCGGCAGGUGGGCGUGCUGGCAGCAGCGGGGCUGGUGGCGCUUCAGGAGUCGGUGCCUCGGCUCAUCCGGGACCACCAGCGCACCACGCAGCUCGCAGUAAUGCCAUGUGCUGGCAGCAGCAGCGGGGCUGGGCUGGUGGUGGCCCUUCAGGAGUCGGUGCCUCGGCUCAUCCGAGACCACCAGCGCGUCAUGCAGCUCGCAGCAGCGGGGCUUGUGGCCCUUCAGGAGUCGGUGCCUCGGCUCAUCCGAGGCCACCAGCGCGCCAUGCAGCUCGCAGCAGCAGCAGCAGCAGCAGCAGCAGCAGCAGCAGCAGCAGCGGGUCAGGUGGCCCUUCAAGAGUCGGUGCCUCGGCUCAUCCGAGACCACCAACGCGCCAUGCAGCUCGCAGCAGCGGGGCUUGUGGCCCUUCAGGAGUCGGUGCCUCGGCUCAUCCGAGGCCACCAGCGCGCCAUGCAGCUCGCAGCAGCAGCAGCAGCAGCAGCAGCAGCAGCAGCAGCAGCAGCAGCAGCGGGUCAGGUGGCCCUUCAAGAGUCGGUUCCUCGGCUCAGCCGAGAGCACUAA